GGAAGCAGCUGGGGAAGCAAACCCCACUUUCCUGCACAGGUCGCAUGUCUUGGCAUUCGAGAUCCCGCUCUUCCACGAGGCUGACAAACGAAAACGCGGAAAACGCUAGAAGAGACGCCACAUCGCGACCCACUUACUGCCGAGGCUGACGAAAUCCAAUUCCACACGAUACAACUUAUCAUUAUCGCCAGUGUCGCAACUUUCGCCUUACAUCACCGUCCAUACCGACCUCGACUUACAACCACGAGCGCCAUUCGAGACCGUCUUCACCGUGUAGCGCAUCUUCCGAGUGACCACUUGAUCCCACGCGACAGCACCACGCGUGCCUACCUCCCCGAUAUUCAAUCCUUCUCAACCGCCGUCGCGAAAACACCAAACCCUCUAGCCCACCAUGUCUCGCCAUCAUCCCGAUCUAGUAAUGUGCCGCAAACAAUCCGGCAUCGCCAUCGGCCGUCUUUGCGACAAGUGCGACGGCAAGUGCCCCGUGUGCGACUCGUACGUGCGGCCGACGACGCUGGUGCGCAUCUGCGACGAGUGCUCGUUCGGCAACUACCAGAACAAGUGCGUGGUGUGCGGCGGCGAGGGCAUCUCGGACGCGUUCUACUGCUUCGAGUGCACCAGACUCGAAAAGGAUAGGGAUGGGUGUCCCAAGAUUAUAAAUCUGGGUAGUUCCAGGACGGAUCUAUUUUACCAAAAGAAAACAAAUCGAACAUUUUAACAAUAGAGAUGCCCGGGUCCGGGCUCGUGUGGGAAGGUUGUUCGGAUUGCUUAAUUUUCUGAUACAAAGGAUGCUCUGAGGAGAGGAAACAAGAAUAUUGGAAGGAACACAAUGUUGAGAAAGGGAUUUGUCACAAGCUCAAGCAGCAUUUGAUUCGGCAUCAUGGGCGUUAAGGAGUUUUGUUUACAUACACAACAUAAGAGGGCAAGCUUACAAUGGAGAAAGACGAAGUUGAGAAGCAAGCACGUACCAUCGAUCAGGCGUCGACUAACAGGACCUUGGUCAUUUCUUCAAAGAUAUUGGU